AAAGGGACAAAACAUUUUGGCCACUAGUAGAAAAAAAAAUUAAAAAAUCCCAUCUUGUUUUUAAUGGUCUAUCUCUGCUGAAUCCCACUUCAUUUCUUGCUCAUGUUUCAUCUGUGAGAAAUCAAACCAAACUUGCUGAGUAGAUUCAGCUUUCUGUUGUCUGCUAUGGCUUUCUUUGCUUGUAUCUCCACUUCCACGCUCUCUAUACCAACCCCAAUUCGCAGGCCGAUAAUGAUUUCGCGCCGUUUGUUGUGUCCCUUAGCUACUCUAAGUUCAUCUUCCCCUGAAUCAGCAUCUGCUUCAGCUUCAACUAGAACCCAUGAUUCCUCCAAGACCCCAUCUACACCGUUUGUUGAAUCCUCUAGACCCCAUGAUUCCAGCUUCAACUAUGCACGUGCUAACCCAACAGGUAGCAGCCCAUUUGUGCGGUUUGUUCGCUCUACUGAAUCUGACAUUGAGAGGGUAAUCUUUGAUUUCCGUUUCUUGGCACUUCUGGCUAUUGGAGGCUCAUUGGCUGGUUCACUUUUGUGCUUCUUAAAUGGUUGUGUUUACAUUUUCGAUGCAUAUAAAGUCUAUUGGACAAGCUGUGUUAAAGGAAUUCACUCUGGACAGAUGGUUCUGCGCUUAGUCAAAGCUAUUGGUAAGAAGGGUAAGUUGAGCCCUAGGUUUAUUGGUCCAUAUGAUGUCAUUGAGCGUGUGGGUCCAGUAGCCUACAAGCUAGCUUCACCACCUGAGCUGGACAAGAUUCACAGUGUAUUUCAUUUGUCGAUGCUCAGGAGAUAUAGAUCAGAUCCUUCACAUGUCAUUUUAGCAGAGGAGAUAAUUAUGCAACCUGAUUUGAUAUAUGAAAAAGAACCAGUCAGAAUCUUAGCGCGAGAAGUGAAAGAACUUAGAAACAAGAGGAUCCCACUAGUGAAAGUCUUGUGGAGACACCACAACACGGAAGAAGCGACAUGGGAGAGCGAGAAGACGAUAAGCUACUGGAGAUCAGUCCAGACGCGGCUGUGAAGAUAGUAGUGAGCACACACGAGCCGUCGGAUCUGCGGUGCUUACUAGUUACCUCUACAGUUGUAUUUCUUUUUGGUAGGGCCCAUGUAUGUCUAGAUUUUGUACUUUUUGUUCAUUGUACCUAAAAACAUGAUGUAUUCCAUUUUGAGAUUUGUAAUGUAAACUUGAAAUUUAUUAUCUAUGAAUUUCUGUAUGAAUGCAAUAGAUAAUAUUUCUUUA